GCCCGGUGCAGGUCUAAAAAUAGGGACCAUGGUCCAAGGAUUCCACACAAAACAACAACAAAAUGGAGUCUCUGUCUCCAGAGAGGGAAAAUGUCAACCAAAAUAUCUCAUAGUGAUUGACUUUCAGAAAUGAAGUGAUAUCUGAAGAUGAUGUACCUGUACAGUAAUAACCUGGCCAAAUUUACAGGGCAAGAGAUGAAUAAUUAAAAGGUACUCUAGCGGAGUCCAGGUAAACAGACCCAGAGCCGUGGAUCCUGCGCCGGUAAGAUUCGAUUUCUGGAGUAUAGUCGUGGAUUGGAAGUUGCAAAUAACGUGGAGCUCCUAGCUCGGUCACGUUACAUCAGGAUCUCGUCGUCAGCCGGCAUCCGGUAUCGUUAAAAUGUCAAUACUCUGAUCUAAAUUUUGAACUGUUUACAUUUUCCCCCUUUUCUCUCCCUCGAUUCGUUUUAUAAUUGAACUGUUUACAAAAAAAGUGAAGGAACUUUUAUCAGGCGUGUAGUGAUAUUGCCUCAGUCGGCAUGAACCAUGGAUCCAAUACAAAGCAAAUACUGGAACGACCAAAUAAAGAGCCUGGUGGGGCCGUGUAUGGUGACUUUUGCUAUACCCCUGACGAUCCCUGGACUAACUAUCACGCUUGUAGCGUUCAGUGACGAGAAAUCAUUCCCUGUGUACGGAACAUUACACAUCACUGGACUGAUCAUUUUAAUCAUAUCCGUGCUUUUGAUCCUUUCGGGGUGUAUCCUGAAGUUCAUUUGGAAACCUAUCAUACUCCCUGACAUUGAGCGCCAGCUGUCCCCCCGAGAGUCUUUCAGGAAUGAGAGAGGGGACUCUUUCUACAGGAGAGAAAUUGAGCGCAUUCAGCGUGAAAAUUUGAGGAGGUCCGACCCCGCACCUGAGAGACAGCGAAAGAAUAGUUCAACAAAGACAGAAGAAACUGUUUUAGACUCUCAGAAAGGUACAGAGACAAUUAAAUCUAUCGAUGUUGCACAACCAGGGAAGGCAGGUAAACAGUCUGGAAGAAGAAGCGUAGAGCAAGACGAUGCACAACCCAGUACAGCGGGCAAAGGUUUAUCAGCAUUACCCCCAAAUGACUUAUACUUCCAGUCUCCGCGUGGAGGCCGCUUACCACCGAUAGAGACCACAGACAAGGGACCCGUACCCCGUAACAGAGUUCCUAGUUCUGAUCGCGAAGUCCCGGAUGUGCAUGUGUCAAGAGGAAUUCGACUCAGUGAUCCUGGAGAAACAGAAUCGGCGUCCAGAAAGAAGAAAAAGAAACGUAAACGCCAUCGCAGAAGUGAAGAAGGAGGAAGGAGUAAAGGGGAGGAGGAGGAAGGAGAGGAGGAGGAAGAUGAGACUAUUCAAAGAGGAGACGAAGUUAAAGACAAUGUUUCUCACGCACAGAGUCAACUCCAGCUGCCAAAAUUACAGAAAGCCAGAGAACAUCUGUUGGAUGAAAACAACUCAGGGGAAUCUGCUAUAUCUUCAAAUCGUAGUCUACUGAAUGAGGAGAAUUCAGACACUGGAAAGAAAAGAAAAAGACGCAGGAAAAAGAAAGCAUUAAGUUCACUACGCCAAGAAUCUAAAGAACAAACGAAUUCUAUCCAAUCAGUGUGUCGCUCCUCAUCACAUGGGUCGUGCAAUGACGAUGACGUCAUAACUCGCAAUCUUUCCGAUUCGGAUAGCCCGCAUCCGAUUGACUCUAAUUAGCUUUGUAAUUGACCGAAUAAUCAGAGUCAAGAUGCAUGUGGUUGCCAAAUCUCAAACUGGACGGGUUGUUUUAAUGCGUCAAUGAGGAACUAUAUGCGGUAUGUCCGCCCCAUUACGUAAAUUUGUGCACACGAGUGCUUCAGUAUUGUUUACGAUUAUUUAUUUUGCGUAACCAAAAGCUUAAUAAGUCUACAAUCUCAUGGCUUAUUUUGACUUCAUGAAGCAAAGUGAUUUUCAGAAAACUAAUGAGAAUUCUUGAUCCAGUGAUUAAAAUCUGUGAUAUUAUUUUUUUCUAAUUUGUUACUGUACAUACUAACAUGGAGUCUUUUCUAAUUAAAUGUUUUUUUUUAAAAAGACGAA